CUGGCUGUGGGGAAGGCCAGGUAGCUCCUCCUCCGAGGCUGCAGCCCCCUCCUGCGUGUGAAAGGUGAACCCCCUCCCACAUCACCGCCGGCCUUUAGUGCCACGGUUUCGGCCGAUGUUUCUCCCCUCAUCUCUGGUUUUCUCUGUACCUUCCACAGGCCUUAACCGCCUGGCCAGCAGCUAAGCCUGCCUCCUUUCUCCCUGCCUUGUCAUUUCUCCUUUCUGCCUGGAGCCACCCUUCAAAUCAGUCUUCUCUUGUCUUCUCCUCACCCAGAUAUCCCUCCCUUCCUGUCCCCUCCUGUGCUCUUCUCUUUGAGGAAAAGAUCCUGGGGCACACUCUCACCUGUCCCCCUCAAGACCUUCCCCCGUGAUGUGACGUUCAGAUACUGCAGCUCCCCCUCCCCAGAUUCUAGGUUUUCCCAACAGCAGCUGAUACCAUCAGCUGACCAGCUGUGGGCAGCCGUUACCAGGGCAACAGCAAGGCUGCCUAGGUAGGCAAGUCUGCAGGCAGUAGAGGUGUACAGGAAGUCAGGCCAGCCAGUGAGGGUCAGGGCCACUACUAGGCUGUCACCUCCUCCCUCCCAGGGUCACCCCAAGGCCAGCGACAGAGCCCUAGGGUGGCUAAGGUUUUGCCAGUCACAGGAGCCACAGGAGGCUGUAAAUUCUGUGCUGGAACUGGGGCCACCUGGCAGGAAGCUCCUGUUCCUAAAGCUGCCUCAGGAAGAAAUGGGUCCUUCAUUCUUUCUCGGCUGCGACCUACUGCUCUUCCUGGGAGAUUCAGGUUACCAAGGGCCAGCCUGAGCCUCUGGGGCUGAGGACUCCACUCGGUGUCUUGCGUCCUUCCAUUUGCCCCUCCCACAAGAGGGUUAAUGACCCGUUCUGGUACCUCUGCCUGCACCCCCACUCUGAGGGGUGGGACCCCAGGGGCUUCUGCUGCUGCUGCCAGAGGAUGGGGCGCCAUGAAUGUGGUGGGGCGGGAGGAGCAGGUGCCUGGAGAGCAAGGCAUCGCCCCCCUCGGUUAUCAGUUACCCCCCACCCCCAGCAACUUGAACUCUGGUUGUGGAUGGGAAGGCUUCGGGGGUCGUGUGUGAGUGUGAGCAUGAGUGUGUGUGUGAAUAUUGCAGAGCUGGGAGUGGGGGAAAGGGUUUGGAAAAGGACAGCGCGGCCGAUUCUGCUUCGUCAUGAUGCCGGUUAAUGCUCCUCUGGUUUGAGAAGGAUCGAGCCGCCGCAGCGAGGUGGAAGGCAGCUCAUCCAAACACACACGCCCGCCCGGCGGGGCCGCCACUAUCAGCUGGAGGCUCCUGUGAAAACGCGGCAGCGGGGGACCAGAGCUCGCGCCUCUGGGGCCUCAGAGGUCCGGGAAGAGCCGCCCAGCGCCACCGGCCGCGGAGUCACCGAGGGAUGAAGACGCGCCCGCGCCGCGCCACGCCCUCGCCGCGGGAGCCGGCCCGCGCCUGACCCCGCCGCCCGCGCCUCGCCAGAGCGCCCCCGCGCCCGCCGCAUGGAGCGGCUGCAGAAGCACCCUCUUACCUCCCCCGGGAGCGUCAGCUCCUCCCGAGACUCCAGUGUGCCUGGCUCUCCCUCCAGCAUCAUGGCCAAGAUGGACAACCAGGUGCUGGGCUACAAGGACCUGGCUGCCAUCCCCAAGGACAAGGCCAUCCUGGACAUCGAGCGGCCGGACCUCAUGAUCUACGAGCCUCACUUUACCUAUUCCCUCCUGGACCACGUGGAGCUACCCAGAAGCCGGGAGCGCUCUCUGUCACCCAAAUCCACGUCCCCCCCACCAUCCCCAGAGGUGUGGGCAGAGAGCCGGACCCCUGGAAUCCUCUCUCAGGCUUCAGCCCCAAGAGCCACGGGGACCCCCCGGACCAGCCUGCCUCAUUUCCACCACCCUGAGACCACUCGCCCAGAUUCCAACAUCUACAAGAAGCCGCCCAUCUAUAAGCAGAGAGAGUCCAUGACAGGCAGUCCUCAGAGCAAGCACCAGAUUGAGGACCUUAUCAUCGAGUCGUCCAAGUUCCCGGCAGCCCAGCCCCCGGACCCUAACCAGCCCGCCAAGAUCGAGACUGACUACUGGCCAUGUCCCCCGUCGCUGGCUGUUGUAGAGACCGAAUGGCGGAAGCGGAAGGCAUCUCGCAGGGGAGCAGAGGAAGAGGAGGAGGAGGAGGAGGAUGACUCCGGAGAGGAGAUGAAGGCACUCAGGGAGCGGCAGAAGGAGGAGCUCAGUAAGGUUACUUCCAACUUGGGAAAGAUGAUCUUGAAAGAAGAGAUGGAGAAGUCAUUGCCGAUUCGGAGGAAAACCCGCUCCCUGCCGGACCGGACGCCCUUCCAGGCCUCCUUGCACCCGGGAACGUCGAAGUCUUCUUCUCUCCCCUCCUACGGCAGGACCGCUCUGAGCCGGCUACAGUCCACAGACUUCAGCCCAUCGGAGAGGGAGACUGGGAGCCCAGGCCUGCAGAACGGAGAGGGCCAGAGGGGGAGGAUGGACCGGGGGAGCUCCCUGCCCUGUGUGCUGGAGCAGAAGAUCUACCCCUACGAGAUGCUGGUGGUGACCAACAAGGGCAGAAGCAAGCUGCCUCCAGGAGUGGACCGGAUGAGGCUUGAGAGGCACCUGUCCUCGGAGGACUUCUCGAGGGUCUUUGCCAUGUCUCCUGAAGAGUUCAGCAAGCUGGCCCUGUGGAAGCGGAACGAGCUCAAGAAGAAGGCGUCCCUCUUCUGACCACUCUGCCCCUCUCCGUGAUGGCUCCCCCUGCUGCUUCAGGGCUCUGGAGUGGGGGCCCUGGACCCACGGCAUCCUCUUCCCCUGGCAGGCUAGGCACGGCGGAGGUUGGUGGAAGGGGUGGGCUCUGUUCCUCAGGGAGAGCCAAGCCAGGCCCUCUGCAGCGCCAGGCCGGGAGGUGUGGACUUUCUGCACUGUAAUGAGCCAGGGCUCCUUCUUUUGUCCCUGGUCCCCACUGCCCAACCCAACCCAGCCUGGACUCCAGCACACACAGAGUGAGUGAAUGUGCCCUCUCCCUGUCACCCCUGUACGAAGGUCCUCAAAAUGGGUGAGGAAAAAUGGGGGAACGAGCAGUCAGUCUGUUCACCCUGCUGCCCAGUGGGCAGCGUGCAGCCGGACAGGGAUAGCCCCAGGGCCUUGUGCACGCCCACCUGAGCCUGCACCCCGCACCCGGGCCUCCCAAUUUUCUGACGGGCAGGAGCAGGCAGGGCCUCCAGCAAGGAGGUCACCCUCCUACCACCAUGCCCUGUCCUCGAUGUGCUACCCUUAAGCUUUGAAGCUCUCAUUGUAGCCAGUGGCUUCUCCAGAGGCCUUGGUGUAGUGUGGUGAUGCCACUUGUGUGACACCAAGGCCACCACCAGCCUCAAGCAGAGCCCCUAGGAUGCCUCCUCCUGUCACCUGCCCAGGGGCAGAGAGUCCAGGCCUGAGCCUCCCUUGAGUGGACCAAGAGGCCAGGCUUGGGAUGCCUGUCCUGGCUGCCAGUGGCACCAUCCCCAUUCACCUACACUCUGCUCUCUACAGAAUGUAACUUACUGGGGGCCCUGCUGCUUUCCUCACCCUGCCCUGCCUACUCACACCCCAGCUUUCUUUCUCCCCACAUAUGUAUGUGUAUAUAAUUAUAUAUAUAUAUAUAUAUAUAUUUUUUUGCCCAGGUCUGGGUUUUGUUCCUGCUCAGACCCUGGCAUUCCUUUUCCACCAUGUGUGUGAUUGUGCUGGGAUGGGGCACUCUGCUUGGAAUUAAAAGGUUGCAUUGGGUCCCUCAA